GGAGAGGUGGACAUUGGGGGAAUCUUUUCAAUGCAUUAUGCAGAAUCACAGCCUGAAGUUUCGUUUAGAGAAGAACCAAACAGAUUAAUAUGCAGUGGUUUUAGUCAAAGUGACUUCCAGGCGGCACAAACAAUGAUGUUUGCCAUUGAAGAAAUAAACAGAAAUGAUGCAUUGCUUCCUAAUGUGACGUUGGGAUACAGAAUCUAUGAUGUUUGUCACACCUACUUCCAGGCAACGAGAACAGCUCUAUCCAUGACAACUGGGAUCGGUAUUACUGCAAAUAGAUGUUCACCAUUUCCUUUGGUGGCUGCGAUCAUUGGAGGAAUGUGGUCUACUCAAUCUAUUGCUGUGGCAAGGUUGGUGGGAGUUUUCAACAUGCCAGUGAUCAGUUACUUUUCCUCAUGUGCUUGCUUAAGCGACAAACACAAUUAUCCGACUUUUCUUCGUACUAUCCCAAGUGAUUUGUUUCAGUCCCAAGCGCUAGUACAGCUGGUUAAUUAUUUCAAGUGGACAUGGAUUGGCAUAAUAAGUGAAAAUAAUGAUUAUGGACAGGAUGCUGUUGGCUUGUUUAAAAAUGAAGCAACUAAAUCUGGCAUCUGCGUGGCUUUUUCUGAAAUUAUCCCGACAGUUUCCACUCAAGGAAAGGUCUACCAGAUUGUAAAAAAAAUCUCGAUCUACAAAGUCAAAGUUGUGUUAAUAAUUUCUACUGAAGUAUCUGUGGGAUUAAUCAUCAGAGAGGUAUACCAACAAAAUAUAACUGGAAUUCAAUGGCUUGCCAGCGAAGCAUGGUCAACGUCAACACUUUUUUCUAAUGAACAAGCUUAUACGCACUUUGGUGGCACCAUUGGGUUUGCCCUUCGGAAAGCAAAAAUUACAGAAUUGACAAGUUUUCUUCUUAAUAUCCACCCAUACCAGCAAAAUACUAACCCCUUCAUUGUUGAACUUUGGGAAGACAUUUUUAACUGUUCAUAUCACAGUAAGAAUAACACUGCUAAGAAUGUAUGCACUGGUCUAGAAGAUUUAAAUGGAACUGACAAUGUAUAUCUGGAUGUUCAAAAUCUUCGUAUUUCAUACAAUGUUUAUAAAGCUGUGUAUGCUGUCGCACAUGCUUUGCAUAAUAUGUUUUCAGCACAUGAGGAAAUAAAUUUUUCUCUUAAAGACAUGUUCAGUCCUUGGAAGCUGGUGAGAUAUCUAAAACGUGUAAAUUUCACCACUGCUGCCGGGGACAAAGUAAGCUUUGACCAAAAUGGAGACCCUUACCCAUCAUAUGACCUGGUGAAUUGGCAAAAGGAGAGCAAAACCUAUGUUUUUGCCCAUGUGGGAGAGUUCAGUCAAGAUGAAAAUUUCAGGCUAGAUGAAAACAUUAUAGUUUGGCAAGGAUCACAGAAAGAGGUCCCCAUUUCAGUGUGUAGCACAAGUUGUCUUCCAGGCAGCAGACGCGCAGUCCAACCAGGCAGACAUUCUUGCUGUUUUGACUGCAUCUCAUGUGAGGAUGGCAAAAUCAGUAAUGAGUCCAAUUCCUUGGAAUGUAUGAAAUGUCCUCUAGAAUAUUGGUCAAACCCAUCAAAAGAUCGUUGUGUUCCGAAAAAUCUGGAGUACAUCUCCUUUAAAGAAACUUUGGGCUCUGUGCUACUUGGAGGAGCAUUGCUUGGAGUAAUUCUCACAAUCUGUGUUGUCAAUGUUUUUACAUAUUACAGAUAUAGCCCAAUUGUACGAGCAAAUAAUUUGGACCUUAGUUUUUGCAUUCUGUUCUCCAUUUUAUUAUGUUUCCUUUCCUCGAUUACCUACUUGGGAGAACCGUCUGCCCCUUUCUGUAUGCUGAGACACACAGGGUUUGGGAUUACCUUUGCACUUUGUAUGUCUUGUGUUUUGUGUAAAACAAUUGUAGUGAUUGCAGUAUUUAACGUGCAACAUCCUGAUAGCAAUUUGACUUCGCUUUUUAGUUCAACAAAGCAAAAGGUAUUCAUUUUCCUGUCCACCACAUUUCAGAUUGUUGUGUGCAUAGCCUGGAAUAUACUAUCUCCUCCUCACCCUGUAAAGAAAAUUACCCAAGACAGCUUUUCAAUUUCUUUAGAAUGUGACACUGGGUCAUUGGUUGCUUUCUCGCUUGUCCUUGGAUAUAUUGGUGUUCUAGUAUGUGUGUGUUUCACUCUUGCAUUCUGUGCACGGAACCUUCCAUACCACUACAACGAAGCUAAAUUCAUAACCUUCAGCAUGGUGAUAGUUUCUGCUGUGUGGAUAACUUUUAUUCCUGUCUAUUUAAGCUCCCCUGGAAAAUAUUUGGCGGCUGUUGAAAUGUUUGCAAUGUUAUUUUCCAGCUAUGGCUUGCUGAUAUGCAUCUUUGCCCCAAAAUGUUAUAUUAUUUUAUUUCAGCCAGACAAAAAUAACAAAAAGUAUAUGAGGAGCAGACCUGGCUUAAGGAGAGAUUGA